AUGAACGAGAAGGACUCGCCUUCUGAGCAGGAGGUCACGCCCACUCCUCAGCCGGAUCGUGAAGCAGUCACUCGAGAUGAGAAGGCAACGCCUGCGGAAGAGAAGCAUUUGGUCAGAAGGCUGGACAUGCGAAUCAUGCCUUUCAUCUGUUGCUUGUUCUUGUGCUCCUACCUCGACAGAGUGAAUCUCGGCAACGCUCGCCUGCAAGGACUUCCUCAGGACAUUCUUGGUGGCGACCCCACCGGUGUCUUGUUUGACUGGGCAAAUUCCGCUUUUUACUUUUCAUUUGUUCUGUGUCCCGUGCCUCUCACAGUACUGUCCAAGCUCUGCCCGCCUCGAAUUUGGUUCUGCCUCGUUGCUGUGGGGUGGGGAGUCUCUGCAGUUUUGAUGGCAACAUCGUUCAACUUUGCCGGCCUGUUCGUUUCGCGUCUUGCCAUAGGCGCGUUCGAAGGAGGAUUCUCCCCAACCGUCCCUCUCUACCUGUCGUUCUUCUACACGCCACGAGAACAAGGCCUGCGCCUUGCCGUCUACACCGCUUUCGCCGGUGUCGCCGGCGCGUUCGGCGGGUUGCUCGCCUUCGGAAUCCAGCACGCGCACAUCGCGAUCGAGAAUUGGCGGCUACUGUUCAUCGUGGAGGGCACACCUUCUAUCGUUCUCGGGCUGCUCGCCUUGUUCUUUCUACCCGAUCGUCCCGAGCAGACGUCCUAUCUCAACGAGCGCGAACGCCAGGUGGCACUGGAACGCGCGAAUCGAGGGACUAGCGCGGACGCUGGGCAGGUGAUCAACCGAAGUCAUGUGUACGGGGCACUUACCGACUGGAAGGUCUACGCAGGAGGGCUACAAUUUCUCGCCGCUGCCGCUUCCUUCAGUUCCAUCGCCGCCUUUCUUCCUACUAUCAUCACCACGUUUGGAUACACGAAUGCCCUCGCUCAGCUGCUCACCGUCCCGCCUUAUGCCGUGGGCUCGAUCGUUCUCUGCCUCGUAUCUUAUGCCUCCGACCGCUCUCAGCUGCGCGGCCCAUUCGUCAUCGCGACGUCUUCUCUGAGCGGAAUCGGCUACAUUCUGCUGGUCACAGUCGCAGACAACAAGCACGUGAGAUACUUCGCCACGUUCUGUAUCACCAGCGGGACAUAUUCCAUGGGGUCGAUCCUCUUCGCGUGGUACUGUCACAACCUCGGCUCUGAAUCAAAGAAGGCCGCCGGUACCGCGCUGUACAUGGCGAUCGGACAGUGCGGGGCCGUCCUAGGUUCCCACCUGUAUCCACUCACCCAAGGUCCCCGCUACCUCAAAGGCUUCGGAGUUAACUGCGCCCUUCACUUCUUCUCUGCCGCCGUCGCCGCCGUCCUCAUGGUGUACUACCACCUAGAAAACCGGCGGAGGGACGAGAAGUACGGGAAGCCUGUGUGCGACGCCAUGGUGAACACCCGCGAGCUCGCGGACAAGGUAAGUGCGCGGCGAGUGGCAGACGGCAUGAGCUCACUCGUAUCUCAGGCUCCCGCGUUUCGCUAUACGCCGUGA